AUGGUGAUGUGGAUUCUCUUACUUCAUUUCUCCAAACAUUUCGGUGAAAAUCUAUGGGAACACUACAGAAAGAGGUAUUCUAACAAGUGCAUGCCAACAGGACCUUUCGCGAUGUCUUCUCACAACAACACCCCGAAGCCUCAGGAAUCUGACAAGCUUCCAGAGCAUAUCCAAGAAAUGCCUAUCUCACCGCGAGUAAGCGCUACUAAGAGGCCCAGACUUGCCGCCAAUCCUCAUGCAAGUGUCGACGAGCCUCUCACCACCACUACAAACCCUGAAUAUAUUGAUCCAGAAGCUUUGUUCAGCCCUGGCCAUGCACCAGGCUAUUUACAAUGGAAGAGAGCUCCCGCCCCUGAUCUAACUAGUGAAACUGAGGAGGAGAAGAGACACAGACUAAACAAAAGACACGCCCCGAAGGGUAAAAGAGGCACGCGCUGCAUCGACGACGGAACCAUUGACCGAAGCCCUGCGAUUCUUGGCAAACCAGACCCCUCUAAACUUGUAGUUAGGUUCAAGACCGAAGAAAUCGACGAUUGUUCAAAUAAGCUGAUUCAAGGCGAUGUCGAAUUCCAAUACGAGGAUGAUUCAAAGGGCGUUCGAGUGAAUUGGAAUGAUGCCAAAUCUUUGCAUGCACUUAAUAAUUGGCGAAAUCAAGUCAUUCGACGAAACAUUGGUAAAGUCUAUGACAACAACGAUUUUUGGACUGUGCAAGAACAAAAGAUUCUCACCGAAUUAGUUCGGGAUUAUCUUAAUGCCAAAAAAGAUAUCGAUUGGACGCAGAUCGCUGACGAUUACAACUCCUCAAUUGAAAAUAUUGAGCAGGAUAAAGGAAUACCCGGUGCUCCCCGGCGAUAUCGUUGCAAAAGUAGCGCCCAGAAUCCCCGAGAAGCUGUUUGUAUCUCUGUACCACUUCGUGAGGAUCGCCAGAUACCCAGACGCCAUGAUUGGGUCUUACGACAAGAGAUGGGUUACUUCCUGGCUCCCGAUGCCAUUGUAGUGAUGGAACUGCUGAGAAAUAGUGCCCUUGCACAGAAAAAUGGUCAUCCACCAGCAAGGAGUCGCCGCGGGCAAAGUCAAUUAGGAAAGCAGAUCAGAGAUAAGGCAGCUGCUCAAGAGUCUUUCGAUGAGCAAGAGUGCUCUUUUGCCUCUUCUACAUAUGAAACCGAUCGUUCUAUAGUCGAAGCAUCACCAGAAUUGGCUCCAACUCCUUCACUUCAUCCUCCUACCCAGCCUCGGCCACUUCAACCUCGCCAGAAGGCCAACUUUCAACAUAAAGCAGAGCCACCUCGUAGUCGAUACAAGAAACGCAAUGUUUACAACGAAGAGAUUGUUUAUGAUAAACCGUCAACUGAAUUGCACCGUUCCUCAACCAAUUUCAAGACGAGUCAAGGACUUGGUGACAGACGACAAGCUCUUGAUCUUUUGGCUGAGCAGGCUACAAUAUUGUAUGAUCAUUUGCCUGAAGAGUCGAAAUGGUCGGCUCCCAGACCAAUUGUACCCAAUAUUACGUCUGCACCUACUAAACUUGCUCCUACUGCACCUGCGCCUACUGUACCUGCACCAGCGCCGAUUAGAUUUCGACCUGUGACUUUUGGUUCCAUCGCAUCUCCUCGUGAUACGCCUGUUAAAAUGCCGACUGCUCGCAUGGUACCUGUUUCCGAACCGGCUAAUUCCAUGUCACCUGUCCCAGUGGCAUCCACCACUAUUGCAACGAGAGAAAAUUACUCAGAAUCUGGCUCGCAUCAAAUAGCUUCCACGCAGAAACCGGAUCUUUCAGCAACCCCUCUCGAUCGAAGUUUCGCCCAGCCACGACCGAUUGUUCCUCGUAUACCUGAUUGGAAGAUUAAUCAUCAAAUGAAAGAAACGGCUGGAGAAAAAAUUGCUGAAGCUAACGCCAGAAAGCGCAGCACUUCCGAGCCAGCUCCUGAGAUUUGA